GCAGACGAAAAAAAAAAAGUCGAAUCUUCAACAUUUAUGGCUCUGAUUUUCCGGCCGCCGUGAAAAUUAGUAGCCAACAUUUAUUUCACAUUCGCAUAACGAAACGAAUCAAUAAAUCGCUCACAGUUACUUCUUCAUAUACCCCUUUCCUUCAAUUUCAGUUUCAGAUUUUCCAAAUUCUAAAGUUUCGAUUUUUUUGGAGUAUCAAGUUCGAUUGAUUCUUCUCAAUGUCGGGUCCCCUAGAUCGAUUCACAAGCCCAUGUUUCUCCAACAAUGGUGAGAAAAGAGAAAAGAAGUCAGAUUUCGAAGUUUCGGAGGAUGAGAAGAAAACUAGAAUUGGUGGAAUUCUUAAGAAGAAAUCAUCCAAAAGCAAAUUCAGACAUUCCCUGAAGAGGAGAGGGAGCAGAAGCAUUGACCGGACUCUUUCGCUUACCUUUGAAGACAUACAUGAUGCUGAAGAAUUAAGAUAUGUCUCUGAAUUCCGACAAUCACUUAUCUCUGAUCAUUUACUGCCUCCAAACCUUGAUGAUUAUCACAUCAUGUUGAGGUCAAUGUUUAUAACAAUCUUGUGUACUAAUUCCAUGUCUUAUGUUUUGGAGAUCAUUCAUAUGUUUCAUCACAUGCUCAAGUAUUAUUCGAUAUGAAGUAGAGAGAGAACAUUGUUUGUUUCAUGAUUUUUCUUCUUUAUGCAGAUUCCUCUUCGCUAGGAAAUUUGAUCUAGGAAAAGCAAAGUUAAUGUGGACUAACAUGAUCCAAUGGAGAAGGGAUUUUGGCACAGACACAAUCUUGGAGGACUUUGAGUUUCCUGAGUUGGAUGAGGUUCUCAGGUACUACCCUCAGGGAUAUCAUGGUGUUGAUAAGGAAGGAAGACCUGUUUACAUCGAAAGAUUAGGAAAAGUCGACGCAAGCAAACUCAUGCAAGUCACUACAUUGGAAAGGUACCUGAGGUAUCAUGUUAAAGAGUUUGAGAAGACUAUCACUGUCAAGUUUCCUGCUUGCUGCAUUGCUGCUAAGAGACACAUUGACUCCAGUACAACAAUCCUAGAUGUCCAAGGCCUGGGCUUGAAAAAUUUCACUAAAACUGCUCGGGAUCUUAUAAUCCAGUUGCAAAAGAUUGAUAGUGAUAACUACCCUGAGACACUUCACCGUAUGUUUAUCAUCAAUGCCGGUUCUGGUUUUAAGCUACUUUGGGGCACGGUGAAAUCGUUUCUUGAUCCAAAGACUGUCUCCAAAAUACAUGUCCUUGGGAACAAGUACCAGAACAAAUUACUUGAGAUGAUUGAUGCAAGCCAGCUGCCAGAUUUUUUCGGUGGUACUUGCACUUGUGCAGAUCAGGGAGGUUGUAUGAGAUCUGAUAAAGGGCCCUGGAAAGACUCUGAGAUACUAAAGAUGGGCCGCAGUGGUGGGACGUUCUGUAGGCAUGCUGGUGCUUUCCUAAGCAGUGAUUCCCAAAUAUCUUCAUCGGAUAAGCCAACUUAUUCGUUGAAAGUUAGUGACACCUCAACAGCAAAGUCAGGGUCUGAAUUGGAAGAGAUGGCUUCACCGAAAACAAAUACGAACAAUCAUGUACCCAAGUUAACUCCUGUUUCUGAAUAUGCCAAUGGUAACAUAAGUCCUACUGUUUUAUCUGAGUAUGAAGAAUGUGUACCAAUGGUGGACAAAGUUGUGGAUGUUGCUUGGCAGCUCCAAGAGAUGCCAAAUGCUUCCGAAGGUCCGCAAUAUACAUCAAGUUUGGGAAAAAUAGGAUCGGUUCGUCAUAUCUGGAGUUGGCUAACUGCGUUCUUCAUAAGCUUUUUCACACUCCUUGCGUCUCUGGCUCUGCCACAGACUAAAGAACACUCACAGUUGCAUUCUUCAAGCGUUAGAGCUGAGCUGUGUGAUGAACGAAUUGCAAGGGAAUCUCGUCCUCCUUCGCCUCCUCGUUCAACUAUCACUGAAAGAGUUAUCAUUUCCUCUGUUUUAAGCAGACUAGGCGAUCUUGAGAAACAGAUAGAAAAUCUUCACUCAAGGAAAUCCGAGAUGCCUCACGAGAAAGAGGAGUUGCUGAAUGCUGCUGUAUAUCGUGUGGAUGCACUAGAAGCAGAGCUCAUCACCACGAAGAAGGCAUUACAUGAGGCUUUAAUAAGGCAAGAAGAACUUUUGGGUUACAUAGACCGGCAAAAGGAAGCUAAGUGCCGGAGAAAGAAGUUCUGCUGGUGAAGAACUCAAGCUUGGGAGGUAAUUAGCAAAUAUUGCUUGUUCAGGGAUCUGAUUAAAAACCAUGAACAUUGACACAAGUAGGUCUGAAAGCAAAUAUCUCUGUUGAAACCUAAUGUAUAUAAAUAUAAGAAAAAAACUUGCAAUGAGAUUUCAAUUUCAUCUCUUUUUUGUUGAAUUUGUUUGAUACUAUUGGAUAGUGUGAUUAAUUGGUGUUUGGGACAUUGGAUUCUGUAUUGGAGGUUCAAAAGUAAAAAAAGAAAAAAGAAUGAUCAAAAAUAUCAAAUCUGAGUGGUG